AAUCAUCGGCCUCUUACCGAACAAGCUUACUUAAUAGUCUCACAAAUUUCGUCUCCCUUAUAAUUAUAAGAACAACCAUGCAUCGCAGUACCCAACCUGCAAAAUGAAUAUGUAUUUAUGCAAUAGGAAUCAGGCACACAAAAAACUGCGGACGUCUCUAGAGAUUUCCCUAGCUAGUUUCUACCGGCGGCGGCGUCUACAGCCGGCCAGUCCGGAGGUGUUUCUACCAAGAGUGGAUAGCCGAGUCUCGUUGUUGUCUCUCUGAUCUGUUGGUGGUUCGCACAAUUCAGACGGACAGGGCUUAUCUUUGGUGCAGGCUUUGGGAUUCCGACUUUAGUCGUGAUCCGGAUUUGUGAUCGAUCGAUUUGAGGCAGGGCUCUGCCUUCGUUUUUGCCUGCACAGCUUCUUCAGAAUAGGUGGAAGCAGGCGUGUUUUGAUUUUGGUUUAAUUGCAGGCGGCCGAUUGAACUUUUCAACAUUCUUGAAAGGAAGAUGGAAGAAAUUGCAAACAAAUAUAAGGACAUGACUAUUGGGGAUCAGGAAGAAGAACUGGUUUUUGAGGAGGAGACGCUUGAAGAGGAAGGAGGCUCGGCCGAGAGAGAAGUGGUACCAAGGAUACGGCCUCCUCCGGAGCCACCGCCAUGGGUUGUGCGAGAUGCAAGAGUCCGUGAAAGUUUUCCAAUAAGUUUUCAUUCUUUUGUCUUUUGGUUUCUUGUUAUCGUCUAUGUUGUUAGGUUUGUCAUUUUGUUUGGGAUUUUAGCAUUGUUUUAUGUCAUUGAGUAUGUUUGGAUCUAUGAGAAUAUGGAUGGCUGUGUCAAGCCCGUUACCUGGUUAGUGAUUCGUGUUGCUCUUUCAGGGGUGAUCGUUUCUAAAGCUCAUCAUAGGGUUUACAGUCGUUGUUGCUGGAGUCUAGCUGGUGUCAAUUUUGUUUUCUUCGUGAAUAAUGUAA